AUGAUCGAUACCAUACCAAAAACUUCUUUUGAGCCCGUCCUCAUUGCACUCCUGGUGCUAACUUCCCUCGUUGUUAUUCUCCAACUCGUUUUUACCGCCAUUAUUCGCAAGCCAUUCAGUGGUGAGGAUAUCUGGUUAUUAUUAUGCUAUGUUUUCUCGUUCACCUGUGGUCUGAUAUACAUAGACCUGUUAAAAGUUUACUUUCGAACUAUUGAUUUGGCAGGUGGGCCAUACCCUGACACAGAGGGUGAUGCGGUUUUGAUGCAAAAAUGGAUAUUUACGAGCACUAUAUUAUAUUGGUCUUGCUUAUGGUCAGCAAAGCUAUCCUUUCUUUGCUUCUAUAAAAAGCUUUUCGUACAGUUGCCUGUUUAUGUCAGGCUGUGGUGGAGUCUGGUCGGCGUCUGCAUUUUGCAUGGAGGACUGGUUCAGGGCAAGGGCAUGCACGACACACCGUGA